CACUGUCUGCCUGACAGCUAUAAAGCUGACUGGAGUUGACUUGGGGAAACCGCUAAUCAGCUCCUUCUUGCUGGCCGCCUGGGCCCUUUGCCUGCCCUUUGAAGUUUGAGGAGAGAGCCUGGAGAGGAGAAGGGAGGGCCAAUUGCAGUGUGUCUGCAAUUUCUGCCCUUCCUCGCCCCUCCCUCCCUCCCUCCUGCUGCCGGUCCUGCACCAGCCCCGAGCUCAUUCUCCACAGACCCGCCGCUUGCACCUGGUGCCCAGAGCAUCUUCGGCACGUUUCGAGACGCACAUCUGGCCGGCAGGCUCCAGGAUGAAGAGAAUCCGGCAGAGCUGGGACCACAGCUUCUUCUCCUCCUGGGCUCGCCUGACGGGGACUCUGGCCCUUCUACUCUUCGUGGGGGACCUCGCCUUGGUGAGCUCCCAGGAUCAUGUCCAGACUUCCAACAGCCUCGAAGAAGGAGCCGACGUCACGGCCUAUUGGUGGGGCGAGUGGACCAAAUGGACGGCCUGCACCCGGACGUGCGGAGGAGGCGUCAAGUCCCAGGAGAGGCACUGCCUCCGGCAGAGGAGGAAGUCAGUGACGGGGCUUGCUAAUAAAACCUGCACCGGGACCUCUAAGAGAUACCAGCUGUGCAAAGUACAACAGUGCCCUCUGAAUGGCCGGAGCUUCCGGGAAGAGCAGUGCACCUCCUUCAACUCUCACGUGUACAACGGACGGACAUAUCAAUGGAAACCUUUAUACCCCGAUGACUAUGUCCACAUCUCCAGCAAACCUUGUGACCUGCAUUGUACCACCGUCGACGGUCAAAGGCAGCUAAUGGUCCUGGCCCGGGAUGGGACGUCCUGUAAAUACGCUGAUUUCCGAGGGGUUUGCGUGUCUGGAAAAUGUGAGCCCAUUGGAUGCGAUGGGGUACUGUUCUCGACCCACACGUUGGAUAAAUGUGGCGUCUGCCAAGGGAAUGGGAGCAGCUGCACUCACGUGACGGGGAGUUACAGAAAGGGAAAUUCGCAUCUUGGCUACUCUCUGGUGACGCACAUUCCUACUGGAGCAAGAGACAUCCAGAUCGUGGAGCGGAAGAAAUCUGCUGACGUCUUGGCUGUUGCAGACGAAGCAGGUUAUUAUUUCUUCAAUGGGAAUUACCGAGUAGACAGCCCCAAAAACUUCAACAUCGCAGGCACCAUCUUCAAAUACCGGAGACCGAUGGACAUUUAUGAGACCGGCAUAGAAUACAUUGUUGCGCAAGGUCCAACCAAUCAGGGCUUGAACAUUAUGGUAUGGAACCAAAAUGGAAAGAACCCAUCAAUCACCUAUGAGUAUACCCUUCUCAGGAGGCCACUUCUAAGAAACAUCCAACCAAUUUACUAUACAUUCUCUGACAGCGAAGAAAGCAGAGAGUUUGAUGGGGAAGACCCGUUGGGGUUUGUCCAGCACAACACAAGCUUCUUUGGGACUCUCUCCAAGGAAAAGAUCCACCUGGAGAAUCAAGUCUUUGGAAGGCAAGAGAUAGUUGAAGACCUGGACUUGAGCAAAAUUCAGGAGACCAACGAAGUCUACGAAAGGACAGAAGCCAAUGACUGUGACCCAAUGCUGAAGGGCAAGCCGCCCAAAGAUUCCAACACAACCAAGUCCAGUUACAUGACAGAAGGAAACGGGCGAGAAUUCGACUCCCGGCUGACUUCUAAAGAAUUCCUUUCGGAAAACGCCAUCACCCACAAGCUUCUGGACAAGGCGUCUGACUCAAAAGAAUCGGUGCGGAACAAGACGGCAAACAACAGCCUCUUUUCUCCGAGGGACCCGGUCAACUCGGUUGGAUCCCACAUAGACAGCCUUUAUGUCGAUUACGACGACAAUGACGAGAUUGUGGCAUACACCGUCAACGGCACCUUCAUGGAGCUGAGCAGCGACAAAAUCAUCAACUCCUCUUCAGAGGCCCAGCUUUUCAAUGCAACUGUUCUGGUCGCUAGUCCUCAAGGGAACAGAACCCACAAAGCAAGGAACCGGUUGAAACUCUUCAGAAAGGGCCACAAUAUGAGUCCUGCGGACAUGUACCGGUGGAAGCUCUCCUCCCACGAACCCUGCAGCUCAACCUGUACCACAGGCGUGAUGUCCACCUAUGCCAUGUGUGUCCGCUAUGAUGGGAUCGAGGUGGACGACAUGUACUGUGAUGCCAUGACCCGCCCAGAGCCAGUCCACGAAUUCUGCGCGGGAAGGGAUUGCCAGCCAAGGUGGGAGACCAGCAGCUGGAGUGAAUGUUCCCGGACCUGCGGCGAAGGGUACCAGUUCCGCAUCGUCCGAUGCUGGAAGAUGAUCUCUCCCGGGUUUGACAGUUCAGUCUACAGCGACCUGUGUGAAUCUGCUGAUAUCACCCGGCCCGAAGAACGGAAGAUCUGCAAAAAUCCCGCCUGUGGGCCACAGUGGGAGAUGUCCGAGUGGUCAGAGUGUACAGCCAGGUGUGGCGAGCGGAGUGUGGUAAUCAGAGACAUCCGGUGCUCGGAAGAAGAGAGGCUCUGUGAUGCCGGCACCAGACCGCCAGCGGAGAAGAAUUGCACUGGCUCCCCCUGUGAUCGGCAGUGGACGGUUUCUGACUGGGGCCCGUGCAGCGGAGGCUGUGGACAGGGCCGAAUGAUCAGGCAUGUAUACUGCAAAACCAGCGACGGGCGUGUGGUGCCGGAAUCUCAGUGUAACCUAGAGAGUAAGCCGCUUGCAAUCCAUCCUUGUGGGGAUAAGAAUUGCCCUUCGCACUGGCUGGCCCAGGACUGGGAAAGGUGUAACACCACGUGCGGCCGAGGGGUGAAGAAGCGGAUUGUGUUGUGCCUUGAGAUUGUCAACGGGAAAAUAAAAACUCGCAGCCCAUCGGAAUGUGAAAUUGCCAAGAAACCCACCGAGGAAUCCACCUGCUUUGAGCGACCUUGCUUUAAGUGGUACACGACCCCUUGGUCCGAGUGUACGAAAACCUGUGGGAUUGGUGUGAGGAUGCGGGAUGUCAAAUGCUACCAGGGCAAGGAUCUUGUCCGGGGCUGCGAUCCACUCAUCAAGCCUGUCGGCAAACAGACCUGCGAUCUUCAGCCGUGCCCAACUGAACCACCAGACGACAGCUGCCAGGAUCAGGCUGGGACGAACUGUGCGCUGGCCAUCAAGGUGAAUCUCUGCAGCCACUGGUACUACAGCAAAGCCUGCUGCCGCUCUUGCAGGACCCCCCAUUCCUAAGAGGGGGCGGAAGGAGCAAGGGACCCGCCAGGCCUGACGGGCAGCCAGGGGGCUGACUCGGCCCUUUCCCGCCGCCAUGUUGUUGCCACCGAGGAGAUGGGCAGAAAGCCGGCAGAGUGGCAGCGGCAGCACCCCCCUCGGCCUUGGUCCUCUCUCUUACACCCUCUCCUGCUCCAGAACGUGCCACUCUCUUUGGCCCCAAGGCAGGACCUUUGCUACUACUGUCGACCGGCCUCCGCUGCUGCUCAGAGAACAGUUGUGUACAUAGCAGCUUGAAUACUUGCUCAUGCCUGGUGGUCUCUGAACAGCUUUAUCCCUGGUUUCUCGCCAUUAUCACAACAUUUGAGCAGCGUGGGCCUUUCCCUUUUUGACAGCCGUGCCCCCAACGCCCCACCCCGCGCAAAACUCUGCAUUUGCACACAUCCUUUCCACCUUCUCAUUUGAAUCCAUUUGCAUCCAGAGCCCUCCUGAACUGCCCAGUUUGCAUGUUUUUGGCUCUCCCUGUGGAGUUGCCAAGGAGAAGUUUCUUCCUUUGUAACAUCCAAUUUGCUCUUUGCAUGACAUCUGAUCAAUCAGAUCAACUGCUACGUCAGCUAUCACCUUGCUCCUUUCCUGGGCAAGCUGUCUGCCUUUAAACAGAUUUGUUUAAAGUGACACAUGUAUCUUUUAUUUUCUUAAAAACAAACAAAUAAAAGGGAGCAGUUGCAAAACUGCAGGGAUUGUAUACUGGGAAGGGCAAAAACAGGUCUCGGUGAUGGCAUGGGCACUAGCCAGUCUCUGCCAUCACUCACAGCCAGCUGUUACUACAAUUGUUUUAAAAACAUAACGCAACAGGAUCCUGGAGAGGAAAAGGUACCCUUGGACUGAAUGUGUUGUGAGCACUUGCAGGCUGCUCUAUGCUUUCUUUACCUGUUGAAUGUCAGCCUCUCACUGGCUAUUCCUUCCCUACUUCCACAUACUGUAUCCUUUACUCUUUUUUUAUUUUUGGCAACAAUGAGUUGAAAUUAAUGCUGCCCAGGUGACUAAGCCAAAGCCUCUGAGAUGUAAUAUUUAGGUGUGAACUUUUUCAGAGAAUUUUAUCUUGUAACCAAACUCCAGGCCUGUAGUCCUUAAUUAAAGUGACAUAAUGCCAACAUAUUGUAUAGAAUAAUGAAAACAUAACUGCACUUUAUAUCACAAAGAGAGUCACGUGCUCUUUUUUAAUAUAUUUGUUUACAAACGGUGAACUUUAUCCUUUAACCGUAGAUCUGUACCCGUAUGUAUAUUUUAAAUAAAAUUUGUCAUAUUUAUGGUGCCA